GAAAUAUCGUAUCCUUCAAGCAACAAUGGCUACUCUCCUCGACCUCCCAAGAGAGCUCCGAGACCACAUUUGGUCGUACUGCCUCGUAUCACCGACACGAUGCAUUGAGCCCAUCAGUCGAAGUGUCGCCUUCUACAGCCAAUUCCCCAGAAGCGCUUCGCCUUCAGGUCCUCAAUUCUACCUUGCCAUCAAAGAUCCCGAGACUCACGAUUCUUGUCUUCUCACGGGAACCCGGCCAGAAUUCAUUUCACUCUCGCUCCCGAGAACAUGUCGAACAAUCUACCUCGAAACCACUGAGCUCUUUUGGAAAUCAAACACCUUCUUCUUCCCUUCAGCAGUUGACCUCCUACACUCCUUCAGAGACAUGGGUCGGAUACCCAGUCGAUGUAUCACCUCGCUCUCUAUCUCUAUUUGCACAAUUGAAGGCAACGCCGUGGAAGUUAUUGAAAAGGCACUUCGGCGCCUCGUCCAAAGCGCUCCGCGUAGCUCGCUCGAGCGACUGGAUCUAGUGCUCUCCCGGAAGUCUUUAGAAGCCAUCGCGCGGGCUAGGUUGUCUAUGUUGGGGGGAAGAGGUAGUGUGAGGUCAAGGAAUGCUCUACGAUACGGUGAGUUUUUGUUCGCAUUGGAGGAAACAUCCAGAGCAAACGCGUUCAAGAGGAGACUCAUAUUACACAACGAUGCCACCAUUCCUAUAGAAGCCGUGUGUAUGGACGCAAGAGACACCAUUCAGGAAUUGCACCAAAAAUGGAGAGGACAGGUCUAUUGGGGCGGGAACUUGAUCUUGGAUGAGAUGCAGACAAUUGGACUCUUGGAGAGUGAUGAAGCUACAGGUGAUGGCAAUGCAUAGGGAAGGGGUGAGAUAGCUAGACCGAGAUUCAAAUAUGCACCCAUCUGGAUAUACUCCGUAUUGAACAAAGAUAUCAUCUCCAC